AUGUCUUCUCACUAUACACUCCCUCUCGUUGGUUCUAAUAAUCCUUGUGGUUAUGACUCGACUGAUUUGCCAUAUUUACCAUCUAUUAAUUGCGGAACAGAAAUUGUAUUUCAAUCGGUAUAUGGUAAUCAUUCAAGUAAAGCUCCGAUAAGAAUUAAAUUAAAUAGUGAUGAAAAAAUUGAUAAUAUUAGACUGGUGCAUGCUUACUCCAACAUGGAUUGUUUAUAUAUUGUUAGUGGAGAUGGAAAAUUAUUUGAAAUUGUGAAUGGUAGUGAUACACCAAAAAGAUUGAUUAUCGAUGAUAAUGAAGAUUUGGAAGUAUUGCAAAUUUCCAGUUAUACUGAAGCUGUGCUUUUCCUUGUGAGAGACAAGAUAUCUGGUGAAAGUUUUAUUUAUGGAAGAGGUCAUAAUGGAUACUUUCGUAUGACACACGAUAAAACCAAUGAUUAUUCUUGCAACACCAUUGAGUUAAUGUUUGAACCAAGAAGAGAAAUGCCAAAUGUCGGAUUUCCUUACGUGAUUAAUCAUAUUGGAUGUUGUUAUUCAUUUAGUUGUUGUGUAAUUAAUGAUACACUCUUACAUUUUACUGGUCAAAAUUGGCUUUCAGGAGGUCAAACACAUGUUGAUGGUUAUUUCCAAUGGCCAACACUAAUUCAAGAUUUAAAAAAACCAGUUACAAAACUUGAAUGUGGAGAUUUUCAUGUGCUAGCUCUCCUCAAAGAUGGUACAGUUGCUGUCGGAGGAAGUAACUCUUCAAAUCAAUUAACUUCUGAUGCCACACACACUUACAAUCAACCUUUUGGUGUUCUAUUCUCAAAUAUCAGCAAUAUCUUCUCUGGAAGCAACAGUGUACUUUAUCAGUCCAAGGUAGGAUUCGAAGGAAAGCUCAGAUACUAUUUUUUUGGAGCUAAAACCUUUGAUUUUGUUGCAACAAAAGAAGACAAAAAAAAGAAGGCUAUAAGACAUCACAAAGAUGAAAAAGUAUUUGAACAACAAUUUACAAGAGAUUUCUUCCUACAUAGAUACGAAGAAAAUCCAGAGAAGAUUUAUCUUGAUGGUUCCAGUUAUUAUGGUAGUAAUCCAUUUGAUAAUACUGAACUAUCUCUAGAAACAUUGAUGCCAUUCAGUGAAUUUAAUAAGGGACUUUAUCCUCAGUAUAGAAAAUCAGACUUUUACAAGAAUAUGGUCAAAGUUGUUCUGCAACCUAAAGGAAUAUUUUGUAUUUGUGAUUAUGGAGGAGGUUUGUCUUCCAAAAUGUUUGCUCACCUCUUGAAGGCAUCGGAUUAUUCCAGUGAAAAUAACAGACUAAUUCUUGACAUUGUAAUUCAUACGCAACAUUAAAUCAUUUAAUUAUUU